AAGAUUCUUAAGCUGACCGCAUGGUGCGCCGGUGUGCGAAGUAUAGUGGAGUACUACCUGUCGAGACGGAUAAAUGGCGUAUUUAUGUGUUUUAACGUGCAACAUCGCCUAUGUUUCGGCAUUACCGCGGCCCGCGUUUGUAUCACGAGUGUUUUGAGCUGUCCGGGAAAACCUUUUCGUUAUAAUUAUAACCGGGUGAACUUCGGUGAAGCCGCGUCGCAGAAACCACUCAUCAUCACUCGAGAUGUUUACCAAGAAGAAAAAGAAACCGCAGAUCUCCACACCAACAAAUUUCGAGCAUAGGGUACACACUGGGUUUGAUAAACGCGAGGGCAAGUUUAUUGGACUGCCACUACAAUGGGCUUCGAUAGUUGGAAAUAAUCAGAUACUAAAAUCGACCAACAGACCGUUGCCCUUGGUCGAUCCAAGUGAAAUUACUCCUACUGAGAUACUUGAUUUGAAAACUAUUGUAAGAGGACACAAUGAUCCUAGGAUAAAUAGACCAUUUGCCAAUGAGAAGACUGUGGAGAAUGGCUUGCCUAAAACUAGUACAGUUGCUCGUUCUAAUUCACUACGUUCUUCGAGUCCACCACGACUCAGGAGAGAUUACAGGCAUAACAGCAAUCUUCCGCCAUCCGUCCCUGAAGGGCAAGAGAUACCUUCAAAUGUUAACCAAGGCUUUACAAAUUUUAACAAGCCACAUAACUAUAUCGAUAAACUAAGACAGAAUUCUCCAAGCGUUAGUGGUGGCCUAAGUUCUAGCAUUCAAAACAUGAUUCCAAAUCUCCAAAACCUUAAUCCUAACAUGCAAUCGUCGCCAAAUUUAACUCAUUCGGGAUCAAAUAUACCAAAUCUAUCCUUAAAUUUCCAAAAUUUAAGUCCUAUUGUAAAUUCACAAGGUCCAGCGCAAAAUUCAAAUACCCCACAAUUUCCCGAUCUAGAAUUUCAUAGAAUAAAUUCACAAAUGGCUAUGACGUCAAAUCAAUAUAAUGGUAAUAUACAGGGUUCUGCUACGGAAGCAUCAAGAGAACAUCAAGUAGGACAAAACAUGUUACUACACAAGCUACAGCCAAAAAUUUCACCAGUGGGGUCAAUAGCAUCGCAACGACCAUUGAGUCAAUUGAGUUCACAUAAUAUCAACAAAUAUCCUCAGGCGUAUAAUAUGUCUGAAAAUGCAUCUAACCUACAGUCACAUUUGAAGAAGCCAAUGGAAACUUCCCAGUCAAUGCAUAAUUUAUCCAAACCAAGCAUACCGUCUGCAGUAUCAGGAACCAGUUCUACUCCAGAUCAAAAUCAGAAUAUGAAAAGUGCUGUCUCAUCAGGAAACUUAGCAGUUAGUACAAGUUCAAACAACACCAACAAACAAACAGAGCAGAGACUUACACAUGAGCAGUUCAGGGCUGCUUUACAGAUGGUGGUAAGCCAAGGUGAUCCGAGAGAAAAUUUGGAGAACUUCUUAAAGAUUGGAGAAGGUAGCACGGGAACUGUAUGCAUAGCUACAGAUAAGAGUACAAAUCGUCAAGUUGCAGUAAAGAAAAUGGAUUUAAGAAAACAACAAAGACGUGAAUUACUUUUCAACGAAGUUGUCAUUAUGAGAGACUAUCAUCAUCAUAUAGUUGAGAUGUAUGACAGUUUCUUAGUAGAUGAUGAAUUAUGGGUCGUUAUGGAAUAUUUAGAGGGUGGUGCACUAACCGAUAUUGUAACACACUCGAGGAUGGACGAAAGUCAAAUAGCUACAGUGUGUUCUCAGUGCCUUAAACCACUGGCGUACUUACAUUCGCAGGGUGUUAUACACAGAGACAUUAAAUCUGAUUCAAUAUUACUUACGGCAGAUGGCAGAGUAAAAUUGUCAGAUUUUGGUUUUUGUGCUCAAGUCUCCCAGGAAUUACCAAAGCGAAAAUCUCUCGUAGGAACCCCAUAUUGGAUGAGUCCCGAGGUCAUUUCAAGGUUGCCAUAUGGACCUGAAGUGGAUAUCUGGUCGUUAGGAAUAAUGAUCAUUGAAAUGAUCGAUGGUGAACCUCCAUUUUUCAAUGAACCACCUCUACAAGCUAUGAGACGCAUCAGGGAUAUGCCACCACCAAAACUGAAGAAUUUUCACAAAGUUAGUCCACGUCUUCAAGGUUUUCUUGAACGAAUGCUUGUACGCGAUCCAGCGCAACGAGCUACGGCAGCUGAACUAUUGCAACAUCCAUUCCUUAGACAAGCUCAAAGUCCUAGUAUUUUGAUUCCAUUAAUGAGAGGCGCCAGGCAUACGAAUUGCUGACGAGGUUAUAAUAACUGUAAGAUGGAACGUUAGUCAAAGCAAAUAUUGAUAACGAAUAUCUUUGAUGAUGUCAUGUUAAAUCAGCUAAUUGCAGCUUUUGGCAGUUUGUGAGUCGAUUUAGACAUUCCGUUCCCUAAACUUUCAUACGGAAUAUUUCAAAGCAAAAUUUAUUUUUAUUUUUUCCCUCUUUUUACGAUAGGCACGACCGAUUGAGCGAUAAUAUUUAAAUAAUUUAGUUUAACAAUGUUUCAAUGUUUGCCUAGUAUAGUUCAAAUAUGUCACUUUUACUUCUGUGACCUAAUAUUUUAAACUUUAAAUUACAAAAAAUGGAAGAAUUAUAACAAAUUUAAUAACAUAAUUUUGAAUUUUUGGAAUAAAAAUUUCAAGCUCAGUCAUAUGCCAUCAUAUGCCAAUUUU